AUGGAAUUUCAAUUUCCAUCCAAUUUAAUUUUCUUAUUCCUUUUCCUAUCAUUCCUCUAUUUACUAGUUGUGCAAUGGAAAAAAUCAAGAAACUUAAACAAGAAACUUCCUCCAGGCCUAUGGAAAUUGCCCUUUAUAGGAAGUGCUCAUCACUUGGCAUUAGAAGGUGGACUUCCUCAUCAUGCACUCACAAAUUUAGGCAAAAAUCAUGGACCUUUCAUGCAUCUUCAAUUAGGCAAAAUUUCUACCAUCAUAGUUUUUUCUAUGGAUAUGGCACGAGAGAUACUGAAAACUCAUGAUCUUGCUUUUACAUCGAGGCCUAAAAUAUUAGCCCUCGACAUAAUAUGUUACAAGAGCACUGACAUUGCGUUUAGUCCUUAUGGAGAUUACUGGAGACAGAUGCGCAAAGUAUGUGUGUUGGAAUUUCUCACUACCAAGAACGUACGAUCCUUUAGUUCUAUCAGACAGGAUGAGGCUUCACACCUUGUGCAAUUCAUCCGGUCAUCAACAUGUGGCGAGCUUAAAAAGAUGUAAUCAAUCAUGUUUGAAAGAAAGAGUGACAAC